UAUAGGCCCACUGCGCAGACUCUGGCUCCUAAAGCACUACACAACAGCGCCUGUAUACGGGAUGUUUUGGCUUCAAUUUUGUACAGUGGGAGAAAGUGGAGACGCGUCCUCCAUCUAUAUAGCCUACAGUCUGUAGGCUAUCUAACAUUAUAAGUGGCCUGACAAUUUCAUUCCGCUCUUUCCGGGCUCCCAGCAUAGUAGUCACUGUCCCUCUCUCAGUAGGCCAUAGGCUAGGCCUACUGACCAUGGCUGGACUAUACGGGACCAACAGCGCAGCGGAGCGGAUCGGACACAUCACGCGGGCCCAGAGCUUCAGCGCCUGUCACCGACUCCACAGCAUCCACCUGAGUGAUGAGGAGAAUAAACGAGUUUACGGAAAAUGCAACAACCCCAACGGUCAUGGACACAACUACAAAGUGGAGGUGACAGUGCGUGGAAAGAUUGAUUCGCUCACCGGCAUGGUCAUGAAUUUGACAGACCUGAAGAGGUGCAUUGAGGAAGUCAUCAUGGUUCCACUGGACCAUAAAAACCUGGAUAAGGACGUCCCGUACUUUGCCAAUGUUGUCAGCACAACUGAGAACGUGGCUGUUUAUAUCUGGGACAACAUGGUGAAGGUGCUCCCAUCCAACCUACUCUACGAGAUUAAGAUACAUGAGACCGAUAACAAUAUCGUCAUUUAUCGAGGAGAGUAGAGUGUUGACAUAAUGUGAUGUUUGAUCAGGCUACCCUUGACAUGUAGGCCACAAGUGCCAUUCAUUGCAUUACUAUUUAGCUAACUUCACUGUUUUACCCACAGAUGACUGCAGGCUUUGGUUAGUUGGUCGAUGGCUGGUAUAGAUGAUUAUUUUUUAUGAUUGUUUGUUACACAUAAGAUUGUACAAGAUUGUGUAGCACUUCUCAAAGUUCAGUAUAUUAUUGUAGAAAGUCUAUUCUUGUAAAGGUGUAAAAACAUUAGGACCAAAUAUUAGGACCAAACCAGUGUGCAUUUUUCUACAUGUUGUAACCAGGUUACCCAAAGAAUAAUUUUUAGUUUUCAGUGUUUUAUUAGAGUGAUUUUUAAAGGCCUGAAGAAAUUAGAUAAACAUUUAAACAAAUGUGUGAAAACUGUGUUACCUUGAGGAAAGUUUCACAUCAACCUACUAAAUAAAGCAAAUUACCAUCUUAUAUAUGUGGUGUCAAAUAUUGCAUGCUUGUCUAUUUUAUCUUUAACAAAUCCAUUCCAUACGUUAGCAGCAUAUGGCUUUAUCCCUAACAUUGACAGUUACACCCAUUCACAGUAAAUGUACCACCAGAGUGUUUCAACUGAAGAGGGUAGGAAGAAUACUCUAAUUUAAAACAUUGAAAAAAUUAUCAACAAAAAUCUCUGAAUUAAGUCAGAGUAGGCUAAUCUGUUCGUGGGAUGCUUACACUCAGAGCAGCACACGGAUUCACCAUGGCAACCUGUGAACUAGCCAAAUAGUGACAUCUAGUGGUACCAAACUGUACAUAUCUGAAGUUGUUGCAUUAAAGUUGCAUUUUGACAGAGAUGAAA